AAAAAUAUGACUGAUGCAAAAAUGAGCCAAUAAAAUCAGAGAACCGCAUGACAAUGUUUUUUUCCUGUCCAAUUAGACCCGAGUCUGCUUGUAUUAGUUCCUCGAUUCACAAAGAUGGUUCCACAUGUAGAGAAAGUCGGGGUGUAACCUUUUUGACCGGUCUCUUCUUCGUUCGACACAUCGCUACAUAACAUCAUGCAAGCUGCUAUGGAAAUAUCGGCAAGGUAUUGCCAUAAAGAACUGGAGUCAUACGGGUCAUGCGUGUCCUCCAACCCAUCGACAUGGCAACAAAAAUGUCACGAUUUGAAGAUGAAGGUUUCACAAUGCACAUCUUCACACCCAGUGAUCCAGAAGAUCAGACAGGACUGCUCCAAUGAGUUUGUGAAAUUUGAGCAGUGCCUCAGGGAAAACCAGGAUUCACCUACCUCCUGCUCAGCGCACGUGGCCAGCUUUCUGGGCUGUGCAGAAACAGUGAACCUCAGUGGAGUGCCUACAGAACCAGGACCUCAGCCGAACUAGGAAUCUGCAUAUUCCUUCACGAGAUCGCGCCUGUGUGUUCAGCAACACAGGAGGGCUGGUUAGAUACGUGGCUCCCACCUUGAUACAAGAUGUACUGUGAUUGUUAAAAUUCCUUUUCUCUUGACUGUGACUUAAUGGGACUGUUUGUAAGGAAAAAGUGUAGCUACAUCUCUGUUAGUUGCAAAACUAACACUAAACAUUUCACUAUUUCAUAAUCAUGUAAUUUGCCAUGGGACUUUGAAUAUAACAUUUAUACCUCAUUGUGUAUGAGAAGGAAUGGUUUAUUAUCAAUCUAUCUAUCUAUCUAUCUAUCUAUCUAUCUAUCUAUCUAUCUAUCUAUCAAAUAGAUGUUAGACUUUUGUUACUCAUCUGGUGUCUUCACCCUCUGUUUUUGGUUGAUUUAGUCUUUCCUUCCCUCCACUGCAGUGAGUCAUAGUCAAAUAUUAAGCUGGAAUGUGUUGCUCCCACACAAACUCCCCAUACUAUACAAAGACUGAAUAAUUGGGAGUAUGGGAAGAGAGGAUAAGGAGGAGACCGUUCACUUCUAAUCAGCAGGACUACUGAGAGAGACUGAGGGAGGUUGAGUUAUGAACCCUGUGACCACUGAGGAGAACAGAUAUUUUCUGGUUCAAUUAUUAAAGCAUUGGGGGAGUGACUGAGCAGAAACAGGUUCUUUCUUUUAAGUGUAUCAAUGGUUGGUGUCAUAUGAGGAAUGGGUCAGUGUACUACUAUUUUUUGUGAUUGGGAAAAAUAAGGCAAUUUUGCAUCAAAGAUAAAAUCGUAG